AUGGGUUAUAUGUGUGACUUCUGUGGUGAACAAAGAUCAAUGGUCCAUUGCCGCUCUGAUGCAGCGUGUCUGUGUCUUUCCUGUGACCGUAAUGUUCACUCUGCUAAUGCUUUAUCCAAACGUCACUCAAGGACUUUGAUAUGUGAGCGUUGCAAUGCACAGCCAGCUUCUGUUCGGUGUAGCGACGAGAGGGUUUCUCUUUGUCAAAAUUGUGACUGGUUAGGCCACAACACUGGAGAUAAUUCUCAUCAUAAGAAGCAAACCAUUAACUGCUAUUCUGGUUGUCCUUCUAGUGAUGAACUUGCAUCAAUAUGGUCUUUCUGUUUGGAUUUGGAUUUGGAUUUCUCUUCUGCUGCUGGAGAGUCUGCUUGUGAGCAAGGAAUGGGUUUGAUGACUAUAGAUGAAGGCACAGGAGAAAAGAAACCAGGUGGACAAGAUGCUAAUGUAGAUCAGCCUGGAACUAGUUCUGCACAAGCCGCAUUGGCUAAGGGUGUUGGAGUAUCUGAAGAUGACUAUUGUGGCAAUCUUAUUAUGGAUGAGAUGGAUAUGGCUUUUGAGAAGUAUGAUGAGCUCUUUGGUACAGCUUACAACUCUUCAAAAGAUCUCUUUGAACAUGGUGGACUUGAAAGUCUUUUCGAGAAACAUGAGAGCUUAAUCCAAGGAAAGACAAUGCAGCAACCAGCAGAAAGCAAUGCUGCAUCUGGAGAUUCGUUCAUGACCUGUAGAACUGAGCCAAUCAUUUGUUUCGCAUCACAGCCUGCUCAUUCGAAUAUAUCCUUCUCUUGUGCCACGGUUGAAGGUAAUAAUGAUUUCCAAGAUUGUGGAGUGUCAUCAUCGCAGCAGCCACCAUGGUGCCCUCCAACAGCACAGGAGAUUAGUGCAAACACACGUAACAACGCUGUUAUACGUUACAAAGAAAAGAAGAAGGCUCGCAAGUUUGACAAGCGAGUGAGGUAUGUCUCUAGGAAAGAAAGAGCUGAUGUGAGACGGCGUGUGAAGGGACGGUUCGUUAAGUCAGGUGAAGCUUAUGAUUACGACCCUAUGAGCCCAACAAGAAGCUACUGAGGUUGCCACAAAACCCGAAACAAUGAAGAACCCAUAAAGUGGAGAUAUUAGAUAAAGAGAUGUAAGUGAAGAGCAGUUUCAGGAUUGGACUCAAGCUCAUUCUUUCUUUAGAGGACUCCUGACCAGCAAGACCACCAGUGAAGCUUUCAAACAGAGGAGCAGGAUCCUUAAAAUUUUGUUCCAAGGCAAGACCACCAAUAUAUACUUAUUGGUUAUGUGUAAAUCCGCAUAUGCUUUUCGAAUGUGUGUACUAUAAAUCAUGUUGAAGAUUAGAGUGGCAGAGAAGUCAUGUUCUAUGUUUACUUCUGUAUUAGUUAAAUGGUAAAGUGUAUUUUUUUCCAAGCCAGCAACAAGAAUAAUA